AUGACAUUGCCAAACACAUUCAUGUCGGCGGAUCAGAUAUUUGAGUUUGUUAGAGAUGCGGAAUGUUAUCUAAAUGUCUCAAUUGCUUAUCGUAUCCUUUUGGCCGUACCUGUGACUGUUGCAUCAGCUGAAAUGAGUUUCUCAAAAUUGAAACUAUUGAAAAAUUAUUUGAGGUCAACGAUGUCUCAAGAAAGAUUGAAUGGAUUGGCCACGUGCUGCAUUGAGAAGAAUAUGCUGGAUAGUAUUGAUCUUGACACUCUCAUUGAUGAUUUUGCGUCAAAAAAUGCACGAAAGUCUCGUUUCACAUGA